AUGAAACCCAGCCAGCUGCUUAAUGAAAUGAGUCGUGUUGCUGGGAAUUCUCUUGGUGAGACUGUGUUACUGGAUUUGUGGGCCACAAGACUGCCCCCGCACGCACAAGCAGCUGUAAUAGCGUCAAAAGGAGAUGCUGCAGAAAGGACAACAAUUGCGGAUGCCAUUGUCGAUUCAAUGGGACUUCGCAACAUCAACGCAGUCGUAUCAAAGAUGCAACAAGGAAUGACGUCACGCCUAGCUCCUGAAAAACCAGCACAAUGCAGCAUCGAAAGCCUUCAACCAGAAAUCGCGCAGCUGUCGAGCAAACUAGAGAAGGUACUUUCAUCACGUAGCAGUGGCAGUUCCCGCGGACGAUCGCGUUCCCGUUUACACAAUGAUGGUAAGACAAAAUUUGUGCACCGUGACAAAAAGCCAGUACACGAACUGUGCUGGUACCAUCGUGUUUUCGGAAACGAAGCGCGGCGAUGCAGAAAGCCAUGCUCGUUCAGCCAGUCCGCUGGUUCAACGAAUAAUCAAUGA